ACUCAACGACAACUUAUUGUUUGCAGCGAAUAAUUUGUUCCUUAGUUUCGGCAUGCAUUUCUCGCCGAUGCGGGCGUCGCUUGUUUCCGUUCUCGGUUGUGUUUGUUUCGUCUCGGUUUGUGCGGGCGGGAACGGAACGAGCAGCAAGUACCCUGCGCUGUUCGCUUUCGGCGACUCCAUUUUGGACACGGGCAAUAAUAAUUUGCUGCCUACCAUCGCCAAGUGCAAUUUUCCGCCUUACGGCAAGGAUCUUAUCGGUCAUGAGCCAACCGGCAGGUUCAGCAACGGAAAGGUCCCUUCGGACUUCGUAGCUUCAAAGCUAGGCAUAAAGGAAUUAUUACCAGCUUUUCUCAACCCAAAUUUAAGCAAUGAAGACAUUCUCACGGGCGUCUCUUUCGCUUCUGGUUCGUCGGGCUAUGAUCGUCUCACCUCUGAAUUACUGUCGGUGAUAUCGAUCCAACACCAAUUAGAGCUGUUCAAGGACUACAAGCAGAAGCUAGAGGCAGUGACAGAGCCGGAGAGAGCAGAAAUGAUCAUCAGAGAGAGCCUGUACUUUGUUUGUUCAGGGAGCAAUGACUAUGCAAACAACUAUUUUGGCGGAACCUUGAGAAGUGCUGAAUAUGAUAUUCCUUCAUACACCAGUUUCCUAGUUGAUUCAGCUUCAAGCUUUAUUCAGGACCUGUACAGUUUGGGUGCACGCAAAAUUCUCGUUGCUGGGCUUCCUCCUCUUGGGUGUGUACCAAACCUGAGAACUCGUGCAGGAGGAGAGCAAAGAGACUGUGUAUCUUUAUAUAACCAAGUUUCAGAAGAUUAUAAUCUCAAACUAUCUACAAUAUCGCAAAUUCUUCAGAAAAAGCUCGCAGGCUCGAAUAUUGUUUAUGCAGAUAUAUAUCACCCUUUGCUUGACCUUAUUCAAUACCCAUCAAAAUACGGGUUUGAGGAAUCAAAGAAUGGCUGUUGUGGCACUGGAGAGUUCGAACUUGGGCCGUUGUGCAAUAGAAAAACAGUUUUGUGUCCUGACGAUUCAAAGCUUGUAUUUUGGGAUAGUUUCCAUCCUACAGAGAAGGCAUAUGGGGUUCUAGUGGACGGGAUCCUGCAAGAAGCCCUGGGGAAGUUUUCAUGAAUAAAACAUUUUUAUGUCGUAUUAUUUGUUGGUGCAAUAUUUAUUCAUAGUAAUAGUAUAUUCUGUUGCUCCUACUUCUGAAGAUUGUUCAAUGGAUCAAGAUACUACAGUGUAAGCACUAUGUAUUAUGUUUUAGCUUUUGUAAUA